CACAGAGUAGCUCGCGCAAGAAGGUUCGGCAUGAAAGGAUUGGCAGUCACCUUCCUAGCGACUGAAUCUGAAGCCGAUACGUUGAAUCAAGUCCAAUUGAGGUAUGAAGUCAGCGUAAGCAAAAUGCCUGAUGUCAUUGGCGACACUGUAUUUGUAUCCAGUGUAUCCAGUGCUAGCAUUUUUUUAAAUACGUUUCUACUGACUUUUUGUAUAUUUGCACGUAUAUACAAACAUACAUACAAACGAACAGACAAACAUCAAAAAAUCAACAAACAUCCACAUAGCAAAAAAAAACAACGAAUUGUACUGCUAUUGAUGUAUGUAUGUAUUUGUAUGUAUGUAGGUAUAUAUGUAUGUAUGUAUGUAUGUAUGUAUGUAUGUAUGUAUGUAUGUAUGUAUGUAUGUAUGUAUGUAUGUAUGUAUGCAUGCAUGCAUGUAUGUAUGUAUGUAUGUAUGUAUGUAUGUAUGUAUGUAUGUAUGUAUGUAUGUAUGUAUGUAUGUAUGUAUGUAUGUAUGUGUAUUUUAGGGUCAACUCUGAUAAAUUACAGACAGUUUGCCUCUAUUGCUCACAGAAUACAAUUAUCUCGUUAUUAUUCAUAUUUUGCCUUCACUAUCAUUACUUAA